AUGGCGAUGCUCAAGAAGAAAGGCAGCACUUCGAAAUCAUCUCGAUCCAAGAAGGCUCUCAUUGAAGAUGAGAAUCAAACCCACCCAGGUUCGAUGACGAUGACGACGACGUCGAUCAAGGCAACGGUCGUGCUCACUCAACACAACACGUCCUCGUCCUCUUCGGCGCUCACCUCGUCCACCGGCGGGGGUGCAGGGGGAACGUCCUGAGCGAUUCGACUGGGAAUACACCAUUGGGUCGACACCAGUCGCUCGAGUCAAAUGGCAAGACACCGACGACCAUUCAGAGGACAGCGACGACGGCUCAGCAAGGCGGAGGCGGCGGUCUGUCGUCGAUCCAUCUGAUGGCCAUGUGGGAGAACUUCCAAUUGGAAGGUGAGGCAAGCGGUCAGCGUUCCUAUAGGUCGGAAGCAGAAGCUGAACUUUAAGUUCUCUCCCGUCUUUGCAGCCGAAGCGCAGAAACGAGCGCUCAAGAAGAAGGAGCGCUCUCGCCUCGAUACGUUCAAGCGCCACAUCGCUUCGACCAUCACCCAACUCGAUCCGAGGUUACGCGCCCUCCCUUUGGAACGAGCGAUCGACGAAUUCGAGAAUGAUUUGGAAAAGGCCCUGCGGGCGAUCGUAUUGGAGGAAUUGAACGCCCAGCAACAACCUUUAUUGCAAUCGGCUUCGGGGGCUGACAUUGGUGGUGCUACGACGACGGAGAAAGGGGGACGAAAGAGGUAGGGUUCGCACCUGGGGCCCAGAUCGUUUCAGGAACAAGAAACUGAGCUGUUUUGAUGCCACCUUACAGGAAGCGUCUCGUCGGAACUUCACCUACUCGACCGACCCAUCUCGGUUCCGACGCUGGGCCUGAUCCUAGCUCAUCCACGAACCUUCAAGGCUCGAUCAAGAAGGCUCGGUCGACAGCGUCCACUUCAGCAGCGGCGACGCUUGGUCUGGGCGUGCCCUCGUCUUCUCGGAGGCCUGUUCAAGCACCUUCUCCCGGUGUUCGUUCCGUUUCGGGAAAGAGGACGAUCAGCGCUCACGGGUCACCUUCGACGACGGUGAGGAUUUCUCACUACUUCGUCGCCUGAUACGCGGCGAAGCUGAUCUUGUCCCCCGUUUGAUUCUUCCAUAGGCGCCUCGCCAAACCCGAGCCACCGCGCGUUCGACUCGGCCCGAGACGACAUGGCGCGUCCGAGCCUCGACCGCCUCUUCCACUUCCUUCAUCCACAACCCCAAUCUACCCCAGACUCCCCACGGCCUAACUCUGAAAUCAGGACAACAAAAAGGCCAAGCUCGAGCUCCUCGGAGGGGGGAAUCGAUUUUGAUGAGGUCGGUGAAUGAUUCACCGCUAUUGGGGGAGUUGGUAGCGGAUGAUUCUGAGGAGGGGGAGCAGGAGGAGGAAGAGGAUGGGGAUGAGUAUCUGGACACGGAGUGGAGUAUGGUUUCCCCUCCUCCUACGUUGUUGAGUACUAAGAACGGGAAGACGGCGAAGAACAAGACCAAAGACAAGGACCCCAAGGGUAAGAGGAAGGCUUCCUCCUCUUCCGUCGUUCCCCCGAGUCAACAGACUUUCCGAGUCGAUCUCCCUGCGAACGCACCGAGGUAUACACAGGAAGAGGCGCGUAAGGUCAGGGAACAGGUUGAGAGGGAGGUGAGGGAGAGGAUGGUGGAGGACUUGAGGAAGAAGUUGGAUGCGACGGUGUUGGAGAAGGGGGAGAGGGAGAGGUUGCUGGGGGUGUUGAAUCAGUUGUAA